AUGGAAUUUCCAGACUUGGGCAAACACUGUUCAGAUCCUAAUUGUAAACAAUUAGAUUACUUACCUGUAAAGUGUCAAUAUUGUAAAAAAGAUUAUUGCAACGAACAUUUUAAGCCAAAUGAUCAUAAUUGUACCAAUGCACCAAGUGAAGAUGGUGUAAAAGUGCCGGUUUGCCCUGUAUGUAAUCAACCUAUUCCGGUUGCCAAAGGGGAAGAUCCCAAUAUCAGAAUGAAUAUUCAUAUAGAAAAUGACUGUAAUAAACCUGUUAAAUCCACAUCGAAGCCAUUUAAUUCAUGUUCCUUUGGUAAAUGCAAGAAUCGUAUAGCAGUCAAGAUAAUGUGUUCAGGGUGUGGAAAAAGUUAUUGUAUUAAACAUCGACUAGAACCUGAUCAUAAGUGUGAGGAAAUACAAAAAGAAAAUAAAUUGAAUUAG